AUGAAUCUCUUUUGUGACAACAAGGCUUCUAUAGCUAUUGCACACAAUCCGGUUCAACAUGAUCGCACUGAACAUGUUGAGGUGAAUCGACACUUUAUCCAACACAAGCUUGAGGCUAAAGUGAUUCAGUUUCCUUUCAUGAAAUUCGAGGAUCAAUUGACAGAUACUUUGACAAAGGCAAUUUCCAGUAGAGCGUUCCACAAUUCACUGGAUCAGUUGGACAUUGGUGACUUGUGGACCAUUGACGUACUUUCCUUACACACCAAGGAUUCCUAUUAUAAUUGUAAUUGA